AGCUGAAACUCCCAGUUCCACAUUCAUCUAUAGACUCCACCUCUCACUUUGUCGUAUUCGUCUUCUUUUCAAAACACCCCAUUUCAAACUGAAUGAUCUACUCCUGAGAUCUAUGUGAACGGUGAGCCCCAUCCUUCUCUCUCUCUCUCCAAAACCCUUACUUUCUCAUCUGAGUUAGGGUUCAGGUACGGGUUGGGUCUUCCAUCGACAAAAAUGGCCGUCUCCGAUGGGGUUGUUAAGAAAGUCAUCCUCUCCUACACCUAUGUUGCAAUAUGGAUCUUCCUCAGCUUCACCGUCAUCGUCUACAACAAGUACAUCCUCGACCGCAAGAUGUACAAUUGGCCGUUCCCGAUCUCCCUCACCAUGAUCCACAUGGCCUUCUGCUCCUCCAUCGCUUAUCUCCUCGUUCGCGUCUUGAAGCUCGUUGAGCCCGUCUCAAUGUCCCGCGAGCUCUACCUCAAGUCCGUCGUGCCCAUCGGUGCACUCUACUCCCUUUCCCUAUGGUUUUCCAAUUCCGCAUAUAUAUACCUUUCCGUAUCCUUUAUUCAAAUGCUUAAAGCUCUUAUGCCCGUCGCUGUUUAUUCAAUUGGGGUUUUGUUUAAGAAGGAGGGUUUCAAGAGUGAAACUAUGGCUAACAUGAUCUCGAUUUCUCUUGGGGUUGCGAUUGCCGCGUACGGUGAAGCUAAAUUCGAUGCGUGGGGUGUUACUCUGCAGCUUUUGGCGGUUGCAUUCGAAGCCACCAGGCUGGUUUUGAUUCAGAUUUUGCUGAAUUCCAAGGGUAUUUCACUAAACCCCAUCACCUCACUUUACUAUGUCGCCCCGUGUUGUUUGGUGUUCUUGUCCAUCCCUUGGUUCCUCGUGGAGUACCCGUCUUUGAGGGAUCACUCAAGUUUUCAUCUGGACUUCAAAAUCUUCGGGACAAAUGCGUUUUGUGCUUUUGCUUUGAAUCUUGCGGUGUUUUUACUUGUCGGGAAGACUUCGGCUUUGACCAUGAACGUUGCUGGAGUGGUGAAGGAUUGGUUGUUGAUUGCAUUCUCCUGGUCUGUGAUAAAAGACACAGUCACACCCGUCAAUUUAAUUGGAUAUGGACUGGCGUUUUUGGGGGUUGCAUACUAUAACCAUUCCAAGUUGCAGGCUCUCAAGGCCUCGGAGGCACAGAAGAAGGCUCAGCAAGCUGAUGAGGAGGCUGGAAGAUUGUUAGAAGAGAGAGAAGCAGGAAACACCGGAAAGAAGAACGAGAACCAGAAUUGAAGUAACUGCGGAUCUAAUUUUUUUUUUUUUGGAUUCUCUAAGAGAUUUAUAAUUAUGAUUCCUUGAUUGAAGUUGGAAGAGGCUGGCUGCGUUUUUGGGUUUGUGGUAUACGGGUGUGGUUUUUAUGUUACUAUCCCUUUAUAAUUUCUUUCGAUGUAUGUAGGUCUUAGCUGAGAUGAUGCGCGACGGGUUACGAUCGGCAUUUGCCCCUUGUAUUUCCAGUUCACCUAGAUGACUAGAGGAUGAAUUAAAUAUUACCCAUGUACCUUAUUUUGGAGAAAACCCUGUGAACGAUUACUAAAAUCUAUUAUAAUUGAUAUGUAAUUCUCUAUGUUUAUGUU